CUGAAUGUGUAGAGUAUACCAUUACACAGAGAUAGAAACCUCUUCGUCGAAUUUUAGCAGUACAUCUCAAUAAAAUGCAUCAAAUGUAUAUUUUCCCUUCAAAGGUACCAUCUUAAUGACCGCGAGACGUUUGACUCUAUUCAUCGUGUUUUUGCAUUCAUUAUGUAUCAUUUCCUGCACGCAAGCACCUGCAUUAGCGUCGUUACCAGCAAAUGUGCCAUUCAUUUUCGCUCACAUGUGUACCGAGUAAACCCCUAAUGAGUUCAUUAACGAACACAAAACACGUGUUUGAUUCAAUAAAACUCUUGCCAAGCUACCAACACCAUCCAGUAGCUGUUGGCGCUCGUUUCCAUGGUGAUCUCCGUACAAUGAUACUCGGGCUAGUGAUACUCUUGCUUUUCCAGCAAUGUUGCUGGCAGCUAUCAGCCGGAGCAAACAUCCUCUGUCUUACGCCAGUCCCCAGCCCAAGCCAUCACAUCUGGAACCGAGUGUGGAUCGAGGCACUCGCUGCCCGCGGCCACAACCUAACGGUAAUAUCAGCGGAUGUGGACGAGCGAAAAGCUCCACCCAACAUCACCUACAUCCAUCUCGAGCAUGCCUACUCGGAUCUGCACACGGAGCUCGAUCUGUUCCAAAUGGCGUCCCACAGCGCACUCACCGGAAUAAAGGACCUAUACGUCUGGGGUACGGCCAUGUGCAGUGGAGUACUACGCUCCAAGGGUUUGCAAGUAAUUCAAGCCUAUCCAGACGAUUUCCGGUUUGAUUUGAUCGUCGCGGACAUCACCUGUGGACCGUGUCUGUUUCCACUGAUACAUAAAUUCCACCAUCCACCACUGAUCGGUGUAACGGCGUACAACAAUCCACAGUUUACGGCGGAUUUCGUCGGCGGACACAAGCACUACGCGUAUGUGCCGUUCUUCACGUUAAACUACGACUCCGAUAUGACCUUCUAUCAGCGAUUCUACAACUGGGUCCUGCACAAUGUCGAUCAUUUCUAUCGCCAUUACGUGUUUCUUCCCCGCAUCGAGCAGAUGGUGCGCAACCACUUACACUACCCUGGCAUGCCAUCGUUGGAGCAGAUGGAGCACAACACCGUACUGCUGCUUGCCAACUUCCACUACUCUGUUGACUUUGCCGAAUCAAUCGCACCGAACCACAUCCCGGUCGGUGGACUGCAGGUGCGACCCGCCAACCAUCUUCCAGACGAUCUGGCCACCUUCAUUGCAGCCGGUAGGGAAGGAUCGGUGUUGUUCUCGCUUGGCACCAAUGUAAGAAGUGCCGAUCUGGGGAAGGAACGCAUCCACAUGUUCCUGGAUGCGUUCCGCCAGCUGCCGGAGUACAAUUUCCUGUGGAAGUUUGAAGAGCUGCCACCGUUUGAGGUUCCUGCGAAUGUGUUGAUAAGGGCGUUCUUGCCCCAGAACGAUGUGUUAGCGCAGCCGAACGUUAAGGCGUUCAUUACGCACGGCGGAAUGCUGAGUACGCACGAGGCAACGUGGCACGGUGUGCCGAUGGUUGGGAUUCCUUUUAUCUGCGAUCAGUAUCGGAACCUCCACAAAUCGGUAACUUCCGGUGUUGCACUUCGUCUAACUCAUGAUUCCCUCUCGGUGGAGCAAAUUCUAUCAGCUCUCCGGGAGAUACUAACCAACACCAGCUACCGAGAUGCCAUGAAGCGCCGCUCCGCGCUGCUGCGCGAUCAACCGGAACAUCCGCUCGAUCGAGCCGUCUGGUGGAUCGAGUGGGUCCUACGUCAUCCCGACGGGAAGGCAAUACAAUCACCCACCAAGCAUAUGACAUUCUGGCAGUACGAGCUGUACGAUAUAAAGCUGGCACUGAUACUACUUACCGUACUGGCCGUUUGCUGCUGUAAGCGUAUUUGCACACGCUCCGACAGACGCUCGUAUCGCAAUGUAAACAAGAAAAGUAACUAAAGGGAGUGCACACUCAGGCACCUGCUCGAGCUCGAGUUACAGUUCAAUUCAUUCAA